AUGUCCGCCUCAGCAGAACGCAGGCUGACAGCGGAGAGGAGCAGCCACAGACCCAAAGAAGCGAAGCGCACGCCUGGGCACGAGCCAGCCCAAAAGCUGGAGUUGUUAGAAACCAAAGAACAAGAAAAAAAGAUCUCCUCAGCGAAACAGUUCACGUCCAAAGGAUGUUUGGUCGGGAAAGCCACCAAACUGGAGGAGGAGCAGAGUCUCAGCCAGCUGCCGAGUGUGCGCCCGGAAGAGCGAGCUGGAGAGGGGAGAGAAAGGACACGCACCAAGUCAGAGAGAGGGAGAGCGCUGUCCGUGGUGCUGAAUCAGUCCACGGGCACCAAAGCCAUUCACUCACGCACAAUCUGUACCAUUUAA